GGCUCCCAAUGGGCGCGAUUCCCUGAAUUCGCUCCGCUGCCUUGCGAGAAGGCUAUUCAGCCAAAGGCUCGGGGUGGUGUCCCCUAAUUCAACGCCCUACUUCGGCUUGGGCAACCGGGUAGUAUCACGCCCUCUCGCAAAACCAUGGACUGUAUUACAACUUGCUCAUCAGCUGCUGUUUCUGCUAGUCACUUUCACGCGAAUUCAUCACACGCCAAUUGUUUGUUUGUUAACAAUCCUCACUUUCCUUUAUCUGAUUCAUGUGCUCAGCAAUCUGACUGCGAUUCCGGUUGCGCCGCAGACCAAGAGGUUCAACCCAUGGCUCUCCUUCGUCCCCGAUCCUCCUUCCGUCUGGCGUGCUUCAACGUUCGGACACUCAUGCAGAUUGGACAGCAAGCCGGUCUAGCGCGCACUCUAGAUUCCCUAGACAUUGAUGUCUGCUGCCUUUCAGAAACCCGAUUGCAAGAUCCCAGCACUGUGCUUACACUGACAUCCCCCACUGACCACGAAGCCAGAUAUCACCUACGUCUUUCUGGAGAUCCAGAAGCAGCCUUAGCGGGUCUGGCUGGUGUAGGUAUAGCACUAAGUGACAAGGCCGAGGCGGCACUACUGGACUGGUUCCCUAUUAACAGCCGAUUAUGUGCAGUUCGGCUUCGGGGUUCAUGUAGAAUCAACAGGCACCGCGAAGAGAAACACAACUUGUUUGUGAUCUCCGUGUAA